UCCAUCGAACCUGCCUGAACGUCACUGUUCUUCGGUUUUGAUGUCGAUGUCAGAACAAAUUGGCAACGAUUAUGUUUAUGGCGCCAUUGUAAAGCUUUUGGCUUUGAACUGUGUUAAUUUUUGAAUAAAUUUUAUGAGCUCUUCUCAUGUAGUUUAUUUCGGAAUUUAUUGAAGUUGAUGUAGGGAAAGUGUAUUAGGUAGUUCUGAGUUUGGGUUGGAUGAAACAUGGCUUCAUCAAUGGAAGGUUUAGUAUACCCAUCUGGGGUACGAGAUUUGACUGAAGAUACUUCAACUGAUGAUUUAGUUCGACGUUUAAAGGAAUGUGCUGUGGCAUUUCAAAGCAUGGCCCAGGAUGAAGAAAAUGCUCGCAUUUAUGAGCCCUUAGCCCAUCUCCUAAUAUCUGAGAAAUUUCUGGAGCAUAAAAGUAGAGAUGUGCGUCUUCUAGUUGCUUGCAUCAUAGCUGACAUGUUUCGUAUUUCUGCUCCAGAUGCACCUUAUAGAGAUGAAUAUCAGAUUAAAAUUCUAUUGGAGUUUUUUAUUGAUCAGCUAAAAGGUUUAAACAAUCCUCGUAAUCCAUCUUUUAAACGCUAUUUCUAUUUAUUAGAGAAUCUUUCUGUGGUGAAAACAUUCACCAUAUGCUUUGAUCUGGAAGAUUGUCAGAGGAUAAUGUGUCAACUUUUUAAAUUCAUGUUUAAGAUCAUCAAGUAUGUAUACGAUGAUGAUCAGUAUCUUAGUUUGCAACGCAUCAUUGUGGAUUUGUUGUGCCCUUUGAUAAACGAAGCUGAUGUAGUACCAGCAGAACUCAUUAAUAUUAUUUUUAAUCAUAUUAUUGAACCAAUGAAAUCUCAAAAUACGAAUGCAUGUAAGUUGGCUCAGGAAUUAUUAAGGAAAACAGCACCUUCAAUAGGCAUAUAUGUCCAAGCAUAUUUUACAAAUGAAUUUUAUUUGGGAGAACCUAAUGUAUCUGAACGCCUGUGUGAUUUAAUUUUCGAGUUGCAUAGUAUCGACAGUAGCAUGAUGGGCUUUGUGAUACCACAAUUAGAAGGAAAAUUAAAAACGAGUGAUGAACAGGAGCGUAUGAUGGUUACCAGGCUUGUGGCUAGGAUGUUUUCAGAACAAGUAUCCAAUAUGAUAAAUGAAAAUCAAUCUCUAUGGGCUAGCUUUCUUUCCAGAUUCACUGAUGUAAGUGCUAAUGUCCGAUUACUUUGCACAAAAUUUGUUCCUAAUUUACUUUGGAAUCAACCGGGUUCAAGGAACGAGAUAGAAGAUAUGAUAAAACAACGUAAUCGAGAUGCAGAUGAAGAUGUCCGUCAUCAGAUAGUUAUAUCAGUAUGUGAUGCUGCAAGCAAAGAUCUUACCUGCCUCAGUGCAGACACUUUUCAACAUAUCAAAGAGAGAACAUUAGACAAAAAGUUCCAUGUGCGAAAAGAAGCUCUUUUAGGCUUAUCAAGGCUUUACAAACAAUAUUUGGUUGAUCCAGAAUAUAUAGACCCAGAUUCAGAGGAAAAACUCGGUUUUGUGAAAAAUAAAGUUUUACAUGUUUAUUAUCAGUCAGCUCUUGAAGAUAGAUUUCUUGUUGAACGCAUUCUACAAACUUGUCUCGUCCCAUAUCAAACCCCUAUGGAAAAAAGAAUGAAAGUGCUAUAUCGAUUGUUUGCUACACUCGAUGAUUAUUCAACAAAAGCAUUCAAAGAAAUUUUGAAAAAUCAAAGGCAUAUGCGAUCGCUUACAAAUGGACUCCUAGAAAUUAUUCAACAGAAAAGACAAGAAAAGACUAAAUUACUUGAGGCCAAAAUUAAUGCAAUUGCAAGAAAUCUUCUUGAUUCCAGAAAAUCAGCAGAGAGUAUUGUCAAAUUUUGUAAGGACUUAGAAAAUAACCUUAAUCUCCGUAGCAUGAUGUCACUGCUGCUAAAUGGAAAUAUAUCUUGUGCUGAAGCAGAAAGAAAAGUGAAAGAGAUUUUGAGAUUUUUAGGUGAACCUGCUCUGUCAAAUGUUUAUUAUACUUCCAUCAAGCAACUCUUAGAACGUAUUGUUCCUGUACUGUUGGAUAAAACAAGUCUCAAGUACCUAGUAUUCAUUGCCAGAGACUCAAUUCUUGGUGAUGGAGUUAUUGAGGCUGAAUUGAACCUUGAAAAUUCGGGUCAAAAAGCCUUAGAACUUAUAAAUGCUUUAGCUAACACCUAUCCACAUUACUUUAUGGAUGAACAACUAUUUUCCACCCUUGUUGAGUUUCUACAGACAAAUGAUCCAAUUACAGCUGAAGUUACAUUAGAAACAUUAAGUCACAUUUCUAAGGGCCUAGAAAAUAUUUAUCCUACAGUAUACAGUAAAAUGUUGCCUAUUUUAAAGCAUUUCAUGGAAUUUGGCACGCAUAAACAAGCCAAAUAUGCUGUUUAUGCUCUUCAUAAAAUGGUGAAUGACAAAGAAAAAAUUUUUUGGCCAAUUAUUCAGACUUUAAAAAAUCAUUUUAGUGAGAAAUCUCAGCAUUUCAGAACUGCUUUGGUAUCAGUUGGUCAUAUUGCACGCUUAUGCCAUGAUAUGUUUGCUUCUGAAUUCAAGCAAUUCGUGGCUCGUAUAGUUAUGAGAAAACUGCUCAUGGGAAUGUAUGAUUAUCCUCCUGGAGAAAAUACAUUGUGGUGUCCUUUUGAAGAUUUACCAUAUGAAGCUAAACUUAAGAUUGAAGGAAUGAAAUUCAUGGUCAAUUGGCUGAUAGGGCUUAAAGAUAUGGAAGCGGCUGCUCGUUCUACUUUUAAACUUCUGAAUGCUGUGAUAUCAACUAAAGGAAAUUUGAUAGAAAAUACCACUCUAGGACUUUCAGAAGCUUCGUGGAUGCGCCUUGCAGCUGCAAAAUGUGUCCUGAAGCUUUGUCGAGAGCCGACCUAUAUAGAUUGUCUUCCACCUAUCCUUUUCAUAAAUAUAGCUUAUAUUAUGUGUGAUAAUUGUCCUGAAGUCCGAGAACACUUUGUUACCAAAUUAAAUAAAGGCUUAUACAUUUUGAGAUUUCCUUUGGAAUUUUUAGCGAUUUUGGCCUUAGGUGGACUGGAUCCUAGAAGAGAAUUCCGAGUAAGAGUGAAACAAUAUUUAGUUCAAAAUAUUACCAGAAGAAAAGAAUAUAUCAAAGGAAUUUCCAUCUCCUGUAAUGACCUUCCACGUCAAUGGCCAGAUUAUGCUUUACCGAUGGUUGUUUAUCUGCUUGCUCAUGCACCAUUUUUUGAAACGUAUAAUGAUUUGACUUCAUUAUAUAAAAUUAAAGAUUGCCUUCAGCUAUUCUUAGAGGCACUUAUUUGGAAGAAUGAUAACUACAGCUUUCCUUUUUUCAAACGACUUUUAGAAAAUAUCAAACAAACUAAAGAUGCGCUUUAUAAAACUGAUGAAGACAGAAAUUUAAAAUUGUAUGCAGUAUGCGACUUAGCUCUGAAUAUUCUUAUGUCAAGACCAAACAUUACUUUGAAAGAGUUUCCUGGUCAGCCAAAACUAAAUUCUAAGUUUUUUACAGACCCUGAUAAAAAUUACAGCAAUUUGGUAACAUAUUUGCCUAAAGAGCUGCUGAAUGCAAAUAAUUUAUUGAAAUCUGGUUUUGAAAUUCAAGCAUUUCGUGAAACUAAAGGGAAGAAUGUGUCAAAGAACAGGUCUGAAUCCUCUACUUCUCAGAAAGAGCCGAUGCCAUCUACUUCAAAAGAAGUUAUUCCUUCUACCUCAAGUGUAGAGCCUAUUCCAUCUACUUCUAAAGCAAUUCAUUUCAUUUCAAAAACAAAAGUGUUUACUGCUUCAUCUACUCGUACAAAUCCUUCUACAUCACAAUUAAAAAACAGAACAAAUGUCGUUAAAUAUAGUAGUGAUUCAUCUCUACAUAGUGGGCAGUCUCGUGAAAUUAAACUAUCAGCGACUUCAAAUCACUCUGAAACAAAUUCAAUAAUAUCUAGUGUGUGUGAUGCAUCAUCAGAAAGCAAGAAUGAGGCUGAAACUAGUAAUUCUUUUGAUUCUAUUACCAAUAAUGGUAGCUUUAGCCAUUCAGAUUCCAUGUCAGACCACUCUGAUUUGGAAUUUAAUAAAAAUAUAACUUCGGUAGGAAGAAUUAAAAUCAAUGGCAAAUCUAAAAACAUGUCCAUCUCAAAGAAAAGACAUUUAUCCGAACAAUCUGUGGCUGGUCGUAAAUCAACAAAAUCUGCAUCUAAUGUUAAAAAUGGUUCAUCUUCUUUCUUGUCUUCAAAGCAUAGGAAACAGAAUGAUUUGCUACUUUCUAGUCCAAGUUCAACCAAUGUUGAUGCAUCAUCCAGUAUUAACAAAUGUUAUGUCUACCUAGAGAGACUUGAAUAUUCUCAUCCUGAAAUAUUUAACAGAAUUCGAAAUGGAACUGUUUCUUUUAAAAGAAAACGUAGUUGUCUGGAUAUUGAAGAUUACUCUUCAAACCAAGGAUCAUCUGCUGAUAGUUAUCCAAGUGAAGAAAAGCCCCGAAAAAGAGGCAGACCACCUAAAAAGGAUGGCAAGUCAAAUAGGGACUUUUCUUCAUUACUGCCAAACAAGAAAAGGAAAACUGCUUCAGUUUCAACAAACUCAUUUCAUAGUUCAGGAUCUGGCAAUAGCACUGCUGGUAAUUCCUCUGCCAUGCUUAGACGUACAAAAUCUGUUAUCAAGAAUGGAAUACUCCAAAAAGAGAAAAAACCUUCAGCACAAUCAAGACUUAAUGCCUAUCAUUCUUCAAAGAAGAUUGAUUCCAUGGCGAAGGUGAGAGAAGAGUUAACUGCUGAAAUUAAUGAAAUAUGUAAUGUGCAAAAGACAUCUAAAACUGUGACAAACAAGCUGGCUAAUGGGCAGCAAAAUAAGAAAAAUGAUGAAAGAAAUGCUGGAAGACAAAGUUGAUCCUGCAGUUACAAAGGAUGUGAAAUAUUUUUUUUUAUAAAAAAAAUGCAUUGUAUUAUUCUGCUAUGUGGAAUGAGUAAUUUGCAUUGUGUGCAAACUUUUUAAGUCCACAUCUUUUACACACAAGUUAUCAUUUUUUUUAAUUGCCACAAUUCCAUCUCAUUCCUUCAUAACAUUCUCACUUUAUUUUGCAUAUCCUUCAUGUUAUUGAAUGAAAAAAAAAUGUGUUCCUCCUUGCAUCAUUUAUUUUUGUAUUUAUUAUUUUAUGUUUUUGAUGUAUUUUUCAGAAAUAACUUAUUAAUGAUGAUUUUUCCUUUCAUCAGCUCCUAAAUUUCCAGUAGUACAAUGCAUAUUGUGGAGAGUACCACAUUUUUGUGAAUUUACUCAUAUAUCUUGAUAUUAUGAAAAGUUGCUUGCUGUUUCAUAUUUGUGAAAAUUUUAUUAUCGUGUAAUAUGCUGUUUCAUUGAAAUUUAAAUUACUGUUUCUUCAAGUCAUGAAUAUUUCAUAAUAUUUAAACUUUAAAAUUAUAUAAGUGUAUGUGUGUGUAUAUAUAUAUAUAUGUAUGUAUGUAUUUGUGUCAUCAUUUUGAAAUUGAGAUUCUGUGUUUUUACACAAAAGUGAAUAUACUGUGUCAGAUUUUAAACAAGUUUCAAUUUAUAUAAAUGUUCUUAAUUUUUUUCAGAGCAAUUUUUAAAUAUAUACUAUAUUUGGCUGAAUUAAUUUUGAUUAAAUUUGUUUAUAAUAAAUAUUUGAAGCACAAAAAAUUUUGUUGCCAGACACAGUAAUUUUUGAAAUGAUGUGAUGUUUAUAAAAUUAUUAAAAAUAAAAAUGAAUAAUAAAAAAAGGUGAAUGUUUUCAGCUGUUCUUAUUUAAUUUCUGAAGAUAACUAUUCAGAAAAUUAUAUGCAUAUAAGCUGGAAGUUAAUGUUGAUGUGUAUUGUUAAUUGUGUAUUAUAUGUAAUAGUACAUUAGUCAUUCCUAGAUAAAUAUGCUUGUGAUGUGUUAAAUUAAAAUUACUUACUUAUAUAAAGUUGUCUACAUGGUGUUCUGCUUACUUUGUAUUGUGCAGUAAUAUGCAUUUUUCACUAUAAAAUGCAAAAAUUGAUCAUUUUCAAUGUUAUGAGAAGCCUGUUUAAAAUAUUGGUUACCUUUGACUUUAAAAAUUAACAUUGUUUUUUUUAAAGUGUUUAUUGGUUAAUUGCUGCAUAUGAACUUUCUUAUUCUUUGAUUAUUUAUUUUAUAUGUAUAGAAUGGUUAUACAUGGAUCUGUUAACACAUUUUUUUUAUCAGGUGCAUUUGUAAUUUUCAUUCAAUUUUGUAAUUUCAUGUAAAUUAGUGUUGUAUAACAUUUAUCUGCAAUAUUCAUAAGUUGUUUUAUGUAUGUAUUUCUAUAUCUUUCUCUCUAUAUAUACAUAUAUAUGUGCGUGUGUGUAUGUGCUAAGUUGUCCCAAAUUUUCAGCACUUUUUAAUUUGUGUUCCAUUUUGGCAUUUUUCUUUUCUUUUUUAAAUGUUUAGAAAAAUUUUAUUUUAUUAUUUUUUUAAAGAAAUUUCUUAAAUUCAUUUCUGAAAUGUUAUUAUUUUUUAACAUAUUAUAAAACCAAAUUUGCAGCUGUUCCUUGGUCACAAAACUAAAGAGAAAAUAUAUAACUGACGGACUGCUCAGUUCCCAAGAUUCUUUAUCAAUUUCUCUUGUAAUAAGUAGUAAGGUUUAAUAAUGUGUAUUUGAAAUUGUAUCUAGGGCAUUAAUCGAAUGAAUAGAGGAAAAAAAAAGUGCAACAUAUUACUUCCUUUUGAGUACUCUGUUAUUAUUAUUAAUUUUUCUUAAGUCUGAAUAGAAUUGGGGAAUAUGUGUAACAUUUUAUUUAUAUUCAUGAAUUCAGGCUUUUCUGUAAUUUGCUAUUGCUUUAAAGAUCACUGUAAGCCUCUAAAAAUGAAGACUUUUUUUUUUUUUUUUUUUUUUUUUUCCCUAUUAAAAAAAUUAUUUUUACAAAAAGUUCUGUAAAAAAGUUUAUUUUUGAAAGUGGUUCAUUUUAUAUUUGAAAUGUUCCAAAUAAAUAAGUUUUUUGAUUGUCACAAUUUAGAUUAUAAAUAUUAAAUUAAACUUAAUUUUUGUUAAAUGUCUAACAUAAUUUUCCCACUUGGAUUAAAAUAUUCGGUAAUAUAAUUAUUUUCAUUUUAUUUUAUUUAUUUAUUACUAAUACAUAUUAAUAAUAAAUAUAUUAUUUAUUAAUAAUAUAUUUAUUAUUUAUAUGUGAUGAUAGUAAUUGAAAAGAUAUUUUGUGGAGCACUUUGAAAAGUUCAAUUAUCGAGUAUUGUGCUGCAUUUUGGCUGCUUUACUCAAGUCAGCUUAAUUUUAAUGUAAAUACUUAAUUUUUUAUGUUAUUUAUUUUCAACACAUUAUAGUUAUAUUGGAUAAUGAAAUUAACAUUUGCAGUUUUCAGUUAUGUAGUGUUGUAUUCUUGUAAUUGGGAAGAACUCUGAAUGAUAGAGGGAAGUGCUUUAUAGAAAGUGGUGACUUUUGAAAAAUUUCAGAAAUUCUAAACUUCUUGAAGUAAAUAUAUUACAGAGUAAUAAAAUUAGACAUGUAAUUAUAUUAAUCAGCUUUAUGAUCACAAUUGAUUUCUUAAUUUCAUUUUUUGUUAUUGUAUUAAUAAAUUCAAAUUGCCUAAAAUCAUAUAAAAUGUUGUCAAAUCAGAAAAUAAUAAUAAUUUUUUCAAUGUGAAUGGAGGUUUUAAGAAAUAUAAAUCUGAUACUAAACCUUAGGGGAAGAGAGGAUUCUUUAUGGUGCUAAAAUACCUUGUAUGUGCUAUUCUUUGAAAGUGAAUGCUUUCCUGCAUUGCUCUUUUGCUUCAGUUAGUAUUUUGAACUUAUUACCUUUGUAAUACUGAAAAAUGUCACAUUUUUAAUACUACUAGAACUAUAAAUUGCCAUUGAAUAUUUGCUAUCUAUUAUGGUUGACAUAAGAAAUUCUAAACUGUUUCAAAUGAGUGUUUUAGACCUACAAAAAUUUUAUAAAUCCCUUUUAAUGCUGUUUGAAAAUUCUUAUAAUGAAUGCUAACAAAUUGGAAGAGUUUUGCUAUUGCAUUUAAAAUGUUUAUUUCAUUGGAUAAUAAAAUCAUCUAACAUGUUUUUUUAUGAAUGACCUUAAUUGAAUAUCCUAGGAAGCUUAGAAUUAACAAAAUUGAGUCUUGGCAAACUGAUGCCUCCAUAUAAUUUGAACUGGAUUGGGUUUCUCUCAAACUUCUUUAAAGUACUCUUAUUCUAUGUUCAUUGUUUUACAGUUCUUCACCAGAUCAUUGUGUACAUUGUUCCACAUCACUGUGUAUUAAUUUCCCGAAGUAUAUCUUUGUAUACUAAAAAGAAAAUAAAAAACUUUAAAAUUUU